AUGCAUCUGUCAAAGUUUGUUCCCAGGGCAUUUGCACCCGUAUUUCUCCUCUUGAUAACCUCGACAGAUGGCCAUGUCGUUCGAAGACAGACCCCUCCGGCAGCUGGGAACGUCACCUUCGUUCCUUGCCCUGCGAUAGAUCCCUUCCAACCUCAGGAUGCCGCUUUGGGGCUGCAAUGUGCCAACUUCUCUGUCCCGAUCGUGCACGACCAGCCCGGGGGCGAGCAGGUGCAACUUGGCCUUGUCAAGAUGCCAGCCAAGGGCCAGCGUGUCGGCAACCUGUUCAUCAACCCAGGCGGUCCCGGUGCACCUGCGUCGACGCAGAUCCUGAACUUCGCUACUGGUGGCCUUCCGAUUGGACAAGCGAUGGCGAACAGUUUCGACAUCAUUGCCAUGGAUCCUCGCGGUGUGGGCAUGAGCGCACCGUCGAGGUGUGACGAGAAGAUCGGGAACGAGCCGAGCGAGUUUGAGGUGACCACCGAAGCAGGGCUCCAGCAGCAGAUAGACUACAACCAGAAGCUCGGGGCGAGCUGCAAGGCUCUGAUGGGCACGUUGUUUGAUAAUAUGGACACGAUUGCCGUGGCCAAGGACAUGGAGCUUGUGAGAGCGGCAAUCGGUGACGAGCCCAUGUCAUAUUUCGGCCAAUCCUAUGGAACACAGCUCGGGGCACAAUAUGCCCAGUUGUUCCCUAGCAAGGUGCGAGCAAUGGCCCUGGACGGGAUCCUGCAGCACACGGGUGACUACGCCUCCAACGUGCUGAUCCAGACCAAAGCACUUGAUGCAGCCAUCCAGGACUUCUUCAACCGCUGCGAGAAGAACACAACAGACUGUGGCGCCCAAGGCCCACAGAUGCGCGAGCUGUGGGCGAACAUAGUAGACAAGGCUGCGACAGGCACGCUGCAGGCGCCAGGAUGCGACGACACGACGCAGACAGGUUGCUUCAAGAACGUCUCGACGCAGGACCUGCUCGGCACGGCACGCGGGCUAAUCGAAUCGCCGAGCGGACAGAAGCGGCUCGCGAAGAUCCUCACGCUGUCGGGCACGGGCAACGCGUCGUUCGCCGACUUCUUCGCGCCGGGCCUGCUGAGCGGCAACGUGUUCAGCGACUCGUCGUCCUUCUCGAUCGGCAACGUGCAGUGCCAGGACGGGCACUUUGUGGACGCGACGCUGGCGCCGUCGCCGGUGGGCCAGGUGCAGGAGCUGGCGGCCAUGACGCGCAACGCGACGGUCACGCCGGGCAUGGGCGAGUUCUUCCGCCGCACCGUCGGCUGCACGGGCUGGCCGGUCAAGAUCACCAACCCGCGCAAGGCGCUGGACGUCACGGGCACGCAGAACCCGGUGCUGCUGGUUCACACCACGUUUGACCCGGCCACGAGCCCAGAGUACGCGAAGGGAAUGCUGAAGGAGAUCCAGGGCAGCGUGCUGCUGGUGCGGGACGGGCUGGGGCAUACGAGCUACUUCAAUGCCGGGCAGACGGCGGCGGCGAUGGAUGCAUAUCUUGUUAAUCUUACCAUGCCGGCUGUUGGGACGGUGUUGGCAAGCUGA